ACUAAAUUUCUUGUUAAUAUUGGGCGAGUCUAAAUUCCCAGUUCUUACAUGAAUCCUAAAUCCGAAAAUGUCGAAUUCAAAAGAUUUUGGGCGCACCUUACCGACUAAGAAAAGUCCAACUUCAAAUAAUGCAUAUUGGGACAAUACGUCUCGUAUUAUCAAUGACAGUUUCAGUUUCAUCAGUUACGACCUGAAAACAGAUGACAGCUUCAAAAAGGACACCAAAAACAAGAAUAUAGUUGCCAAGGUUGUAACGCCUUCUUUGCCCCAUUCUUCUCCAGCUCCUGGCCAGAAAGCUUGGAGGAAUGAAACUUUCGCUUAUGAAAGAUAUAAGUUCUAUAAAACAAAAGUCAUCGAAGCCUUCCAUCAAAAAAAGAUCUUUACAAUUCGCGGGAAUUAUCCGCAAGUACGGAGGGCACUGCUACAACGCGGUUGGCUUGAGAAAUCGGUAAAAGAGGAUAGUCUACAAAAUCUUUCGCAGCAUCGCUUGCUGAAGUAUGCAACCGACGGAAAUAUGUACGAAAAGGCUGCGGUUUCAAGAAUGCUAAGUCAAUAUCCUGCCUAUUUCGUGUGGCAGUUCAAAAACACUCCUGAAACUAACAACUAUACCCAGCCGUAUCGAAAUCGUAUAAAGCGAGCAAGGUCCUUAGAUUUCUGCACUAAGGAAGGACUUCUAUCCUGCAUAGAAAACUCCCAUUGGAACACAAUCGAGGGAAUAGCUGAAGUCUUCACGCCGAAAACUCAUCGCUUGACAACAAAAACCGAUAUCCACGAAUUCGAACAUGACUAUCGAUUGACCCAGUGCUUAAGCCUACUGACUUUCAUCAAUGAGCAAAAUGAUCCUCACGAGCUGUUUUCCAAUACUGGGACUGUGUCAGCGAAAGUAUCAUCCAUCCAUUUUGCAGUGAAGCAAAUAGAAGAGGCCAUAGCUUUGAAGCUAAAUGAGUAUCUUGACAGCAAUAUUACAGACAUGUUGAUUCCAACGGAUUACGAAUGGCGUAGAUUUAUUGAGGAUUCCGACAAAAUCAUAAAACAGGAUAUGAAGUUUAGUGCAACAAAAGAAGAAGAAAAUCGUGCGCUUUCAGGUGUAGCUAAAACUCUGUUUAGUGCAAAGAAGGUAUGGCCGACACUACAAAUGGAUGGUUACCUCAACAUUUGGAUUGUCAAGCCAUAUAACAAAUGCCGAGCAUUUGGGAUUGCGCUAAUGACAGAUUUUACCAAAAUCAUUGCUUAUGUGAGGAAGAAUUGCCAGUUGCGAUACAUCGUACAGAAGUAUAUAGAACGACCACUUCUAAUUUACAAAACGAAGUUCGACAUUCGGCAAUACUUUCUCAUAACUCUAACUGAUGCCAUUAAUAUCUGGAUGUAUCAAGACUGUUAUCUGCGAUUCAGUUCUCAAGAAUUCGCACUCACAGACUUACGGGAAGCUGUUCAUUUGACAAACAACGCCGUUCAGUCCAAAUAUGCAAACGGGAAACGUGACCAACACCUUCCCACCGAAAACAUGUGGACUUUAAUGGAGUUCGAAAACUACCUAACAAGCAUAGACAAAGGAUACAUUUGGAAUGAAAAGAUAUAUCCUAAAAUGCAGCAAAACAUUAUUGCGGUCGUUCUGUCAAGCCUGGAAUCCAUAGACCUUGCAGCGAACACUUUCGAAUUGUAUGGAUGUGACUUUAUGCUGACAACCAAUUUUGAUCCCGUCCUCAUAGAAAUCAACGCGACUCCCGAUAUGAGUCCAUCCACUUCUGUUACGGCAAGGAUUUGUCCGCGGGCUUUAGAAGAUUUAGUUAAAGUUGUCAUUGAUUUACCUUCAGAUCCAACUGCUCCUACUGGUGCUUUUGAACUCAUCUAUAAGGUGCCUUGGACAAAAGCACCAAGUUACGCCCAGGGGUUGGUUGUGCAAGGUAAAUCUGUGAAACUAACAAACCUUCGGAAAUCUUUGAGCAGUAAACGUGACUUUAGUCCGAUAAUUAUAAACGAUUGCAUAAACUUGAAAAACAUCACACUGUCUCCACCACGAUGCAAAAAGCGUGGCCGGAGACGAAAAGUAGCCAAACAGUAGCGCACGCGAGAAUAAACUACGAAACAGCUCCACUUUUUUGGAAUUUGUAGCAGAUGACCAAUUGGGAAUAUAUUUCAUGCUUUGGUUUGGAUGGAUGGAGGAUCUCUUGUAAGAAAUAGUCUUAGAUUCCCCUGAAGAUUUUAUGUCGACAUAAUAUUUAUAAUAAAUAUUCAUUUUUAUCGGCGCAACCAAUUAAACAGAGUUAUAUUUCGU